AUGAGCCAUGCGCACUUGUUUAGUGAGCUGACAGCAAUCACAAACAAUUUGGAUCUAUUCAUUCCACUAGGUGUUUUGUAUCUGUAUGGACGGCCUCCAAUGCCGUCCAAAGGUCUAGAGGCCCCCGAUGGCUGGAGCUGGCUGGAGCUGCCGUAUCAAGGCGAUCUGGAAUUGCGGCCAGGUACAGGAAUGAGCACAAUUAUGCACGACCUGCGCUAUUUGAACUCUCGGGGCCAUGUAAGGAUGACAUACAAGCCACUUAAAAGCGAAGUUUCAGUUAUAAGACUCUACGUGCUGACUCAGGAUGUCAACGGUUCGCAAGUGGUGCAGAAAUUCAGAUCUCUAUACGCUCGUGGGGGCCGUGCAGACAGUUGGCAUGCAAAAACGUACAAGGCUGUCAUGCUAAACUUGAUUAAAGUUUUAGAUUACGAUGAAGAGGCCUGGAGUCUUGCGACGGAUUUCCAGCUGCUCAAGUACCUUAAAAGCCAUAGCAUUCUUCUGUUUCCCUUGAUGAGCCAAUUCAGAGCGUACAACUUAUCAAACAUAGGGAAGAUGUGCUUGGACGAGCCCUUUGAACAUCAUCUGAAAAGGAUGAUAAAUCGUUCGUCGUAUAUGAGAUGUCGAGAAGAACCCAAGAAAGAAACAAUCGAGGACCGACUCAUCAGAAUAUACAGUCAAGUCAAUUCACCUAAUUUCGAUUUAGAAGAACUGGAUCCCGUGUCCAGAGAGACCAUCAGUGAAAUCUUGAAUGGGAAGAUUCCUGGGAUGAAAAGUGACCUAUAUAAUUAUCAGAGACGGAGUCUUGCCAAGAUGUACGAAAAGGAAGUCUCGAUCAAAUCGGUUCCCGUUCCCAAUUUGAUCGUACUUUCUCGAGGCAGCAAAUCCUUUUAUUUGGACAUCCAAACACUGAACUUCAUGGAAAAUGCAACAUGCUACCAUACCCCUAGAGGAGGGAUAUUGGCGGAAGAUAUGGGUUUAGGAAAGACAUGUAUAUGCUUAGCCCUUGUAUGCCUUUCCAAGUACCAAAUAUCUGAAAUUCCCCGGGAGAAUCGCACGAGAGCCAGUCAUAAACAUAUGCUGUCCCUUUUGGAUAUAUGUGCCAAACACAUCAACGAGCACUCUAUAGAGUGGAAGCAGUUUUAUCACGAGCUACCUCGUGCUUGCGUCCAGAAGUUAGAAGCCAACUUGGGAUGCUUCGAGAUAUCGCAAUUCAAAGUUCCCAACUAUGUUACAAGAACGAGUCGAGAUGUUGUCACUGAGACUAGAAAGCUCUUUGUGACAUCCUCGUCAUUGAUCGUCGUUCCCGAUAAUUUAUUCCAUCAAUGGAAAAUCGAGAUUCGAAAACAUGUACAAGAGAACUACUUGAAAAUACUGGAAUUACAAGGACAGGCUGAGCUUCCUCAAAGCGUGGCUGAGCUUAUCAGUAAUGACAUUGUUCUCAUAUCUCUAAACUACUUCUCAAGACAGUCUGAAAAACCAGACUCAAUUUUAAGGUCAAUAUACUGGAAGAGGCUGAUCAUUGACGAAGGACAUUCCAUGAAUUCCAGGUCCACACGAGCUGUGCUGCUAGCCAAGCAGCUGGCUGUCGAGCGCAAGUGGACUAUCACAGGAACACCUACCCUUGGACUCACUAAUCUACACGUGGAAGAAACAGAAGAGGACUAUACAAUCAAACGCAAAUUCAACGCUAGAGACGAUUUGGUGAAACUAGGUACUGUCGUGUCCAAUUACCUAAAAGUUGAGCCUUGGAGUACAAACCCGAAGCUGUGGCUCAAUAAUGUAGUCAAACCUUUCGAAAAUAACAGCUUGAACGGAGACCACCAGCUAAUGCAAAUACUGCAAAAUUUGCUUGUGAGGCAUUCUGUGAAAGAUGUGGAAUUUGACAUCAAGCUCCCAAAACUAACGCACCAGCCGGUGUUUCUCAAGCCCUCGUUUUUUGAUAAGUUGUCCAUCAAUUUAUUCAUAGCAGUUCUUGCGACAAACGCGGUUACCUCUGAGAGAACGGACAGGGACUACAUGUUUCACCCGUCAAAUAAAAGCAUUUUGAGAAGACUGAUAAAUAACCUUCAAAAAGCCACUUUCUACUGGACGGGCUUUUCUAUUCAGGACAUUGAAAAUCUGCUUAGCAUUUGCAACUACGCAUUGAAUACUAUCAAAAAUAGGUAUUCCAAAGAAGAUGUCAAGCUGCUGCAGAGCUCUAUCUAUACGGCCAAAGUUGCGCUGAGUAACUCUCGAUGGAGAACUAAUUGCAGUGUUCACGAAAUGAGCUAUUUCGUUUCCAAUUUGCCGUUGAUGUUCCACAAAAACAUGUCAGUUGCGAAUUACGAGUACGAAGUAGACGAUUUCCACAACCCAAUAGGCGUUUAUGGGUAUCCGCAACUGCAUUCUGUUCAGAAACUAUUUUACAAAAACCGGCUCGUGAAAGAGAGUUUUCUGUUUGAAAGAAUACUGGAGGAAAGCUCUAAAGAGUUCUGGGUCAAAUAUUGGAGAUCCAACGAUUCCAAGGAAAGUUGGAAGCGUGGACCAUCAAGAGUUUCCAACCAGGACAGUAUUGACUUGGACAGUGUUCGGCUAAUAAACCACGAACCGAAGUGGAAAAACGAGUUUGACCCUGCAAAGGAAGAACUCGAGAUAACUGCCAAACCCCAGAAGCGGACCACGAGACAUCAUUUUGAGUCUUUGAACCAGUCGCCACGAAAGAAGAUCAAGUACAUUCCUGAGGGUUGCAACACCCCUAGAACUCCAGAACCUUUGAUACCGGAAGGAAACUUUGCGUCGCAUCUGCGCCAUGCUCGAAUUUUGGGUACUGCAUCUGUUAAGUUGUCGUAUCUUACAUCACGACUACUCGAGAACCAAACCUUAGGAAUCAAAUCGAUCGUGUUUUACGAGUUCGAAAAUAGCGCCUAUUAUCUCACUGAACUGCUUGACCUGUUGGGCAUGAACUACCUCAUGUACUCGACAUAUGUCAAGAUAGCGGAGAGAUCUAAUAACUUGACAAAAUUCGAUCUGUGGGACACCUCCGUCAGUGGUGGUAUUGUUCUGGUGAUGGAUGUGAAAUUGGCAUCACAUGGAUUGACAAUCAUAUCUGCAACCAAUGUAUUUUUCAUCAAUCCAAUCUGGAAUAAAACAGUUGAAGCACAGGCAAUCAAAAGAUCUCACAGAAUUGGACAAACCAGGGAGGUGUACGUCGAAACUCUGAUAUUAGACAAUACAAUCGAGAAGGAAAUGUACUUGAAAAGAAGCCAGACAAAAGCGGACGAAACCAAAGAAUUGAUUGACAAUACAGGAAUGCAGGAAUACAUUAUGCGUUUCGAGUUUCUUAAAUUAUUUGAGGACUUUCAUGCGGAAUACGAGCCAAUUCGCUCUCCAACUCGUUAUAAAAUGGAUCUGGGUGUGCAAAAGGAUGAUUAUGAUGACGGCUUGAAGCUGUUCGGUGUUGAGAGCACGAUCCAAAAUGGGAUGAGGACCUGGAAGCUUCCUCUCUUCACCGAACAGAGUUUGGCACGUACCACAGAAAAUGAGUCCAAAGUCAAAGACGAGCCAAUUGAUAUCUUCAAGACAGACUUUGAAAUGCAAAAAGAAAACGCUUCUUCCUGUAAGCUCCUGCAAAAGCUUAAAGGUCAACGAAAAACUGUCCGUUUUGGCUAA